AUGGCAUCAAAGUUUGUGACCUGUGUCCUAGAAGACAAAAGUAAGCCUGGGGCACAAGUACGGUUAGGAGGGCAGUUGGGCAGUGCUGAAGACCCAACCUGGCUCCAGCUUCUUUGGAAGAACUCCAGCCCCCCAGCACCUCAACCCACAGCCCUCUGCUGCCCACAGGAUGGGAGCCUGGGGGCUGGGAACCCAGCCAUGAGGGACUGCUGCCCCUCCCAGCAGAAGGCCAGCCCUGCACCCCCUAGGCACAACCCUGCCCCAAGCCCAGGCAUGGACUCUAGACACAGCAGCUCCAGUGGGGCUGGGGAAGGGGCCUCUUGUUCUGAGGGCCCUGGCGGGAGCUUGGCCUGCAUCCCUCCCCAAGAGGCAGCCAGCAAAGAGACACUGGGGGCACAUGGAGCCUUGAUCUCAGGGACACCAGAAGCUACCUUCUCUGAGAAGCCGGAGCCUGUAUCCUCAGUGAAAACUGACCCCUCAUCCUUGGAGAACAGAAAUCCUUUGUUUUUGGAGAAGAUGGAGUCCAAGUCUUCAAAGCAGGCAGAUUCCACUUCCAUAGGAAAGGAAGCUGCUGGGUCCUUGAGAACGGCAGAUCCUGUGUUUAUAGUAAAGACAGAGCCUGCAGUCUUGGGAAAAGGGGAUCCUGUGGCUUCUGGAAGGAUGAAUCCUGUGGCCCCAAGAAAGGAGGAUCCUGGAUCCUUAGGGAAGGUAGAUCCUGUGUGCUCUGACAAGGUGGAACCAGUGUCCCCAGGGAAGGAGGCCCCUGUAUCCUCUGCCACAUCGGAUCCUGAGUUCCCAAGAAAGGAGGAGCCCUGGUGCUCAGGAAAAGAGCUUCCUGUGGCCUCAGAAGAGGCGGCUCCAGCAUCUGUGGGAAAGGGAGAUCUUGUUUCCUUGGGAAAGAGAGCUCCUGGGCCCUCAGGAAAGAUGGAUCCUGGGUCCUUGGAAAACACAGAUUCUGCAAUUGCAGGAAAGCUAGAUCCUGCCUCCUUGGCAACACUGACUCCAGGGCCAUCAGGCAAAACUGGGCCCAUGUCUCCGGGAAUAGUGGCUCUGGGGUCCUCAGGAAGGAUGGAGCCUACUCACUUGGGGAUGACAGAUUCUCUGUCUGUUGGAAGUGCAGAAACUGGGUCCUUGACAAAAGAGGACCCUCAGUUCCCGGGGAAGAUGGAGCCUGCCUCCUCGGGAAAGGGAGAUCCCAUGUCGAUGAGCGUGACAAAAAACAUGUCUUCUGGGCAGGUGGACGCUGUAUUUUCAGGAAAGAUGGAACCCACAUCUUUGAAAAAUGUGGAUCCUGUGUCUUCAGGCAAGGUGGAUCUGGUGUCCUCCGGAAAGCCAGAGCCCUUGACUCCCGGGCAGGUGACAGAAACUGUCUCAUCACGAAAGGAGGACCCAGUGCCCUCCACCAAGGUAGAUCCCAUUUCUGUGGGAAAUACAAAAACAUCAUCUUCUGGAAAAGCGAAUCCUGAAUUGAAAGGAAGGUUAGACCCUGUGCCCUCAGGUCCAGGGAACCCCAAAUUCUUGGGGACAGUGGGACCCUCAUCCUCUGUCAAAGCUGAGACAGUGACUGAGAGGAAAACAGAGCUGUUGUCCUCAGAGAAGGCAGGUCCUAUGGGCUCUGGAAUGGUGGGUCCCACAGCCUCAGGGAAGGCUGAUGCCAUGGCCUUGGGCAAGGCAGACACUGUGAGCAGAGGGAAGGCAGAAAGUGUUCCUCCUGGAGAAAUAGACUCUGUGUCUUCUGGAAAAGUGGCCCCUGUGACUCUAGAAAAAACAGCCCUGGCACCCUUGGGAAAAGGAGAAGCUGUCCCUGAGGGAAAGAUGGAUCCUUUGCCCCCAGAGAAGGGGAAUCCUAUGAACUCCGCAAAGGUGGAUCCCAGGGCCUCAGGGAAGGCAGAACCCAAGUCUGAGGGCAAAGCAGAAACAAAGCCCUUUGGGCAGGAGGGCCCUGCUUCAUCGGGAAGGGCAGAGACUGCACUUCUGCGGAAGGAGAAGCCGCUGGCCUUGGAGAAAAGGGAGCCGGAAGCCUCAGGAAACAUAGACCCUAUUGCCUCUGGGAAGGUGGGGCCUUUGAUUCCAGGGAAGGCUGAGGCCGUGCCUUCAAGAAAGGCAGAGUCCCCCUCUUCCGGGAAGUUGGGUCCCCUGCCUGUGGAGAAGGCAGAGGCCUCCUCCUCCUCCUCCAAGCAGUCAGACGGCAAACCCUACGGCUCAGGCCCUUCUCCCGCGGGGACCGGGAAUGGCGGAGGCCUCUUGGAGCCAGUGCCAGAGCCCAGCGCAGAGGCCUCCGGCCUAGGCCAGAAAGACCUGGUGGCCGCUGGGGCCGAGAGAAGCCCCGGCCCGGAGGCCAUAGGGCCCCCGCCCGGGCCGCGGACUCGCGACAACUUCACUAAGGCGCCGUCGUGGGAGGCGAGCGCCCCACCGCGCGAGGACGCGGGGACGCAGGCGGGCGCGCAGGCCUGCGUGUCGGUGGCCGUGAGCCCCAUGUCUCCGCAGGACGGCGCGGGCGGCCCGGCCUUCAGCUUCCAGGCGGCGCCUCGCGCGCCCAGCCCCGGGCCCAGGCCACCCUCGCGCCGGGACGCGGGCCUACAGGUGUCGCUGGGCGCCGCCGAGAUGCGCUCCGUGGCCACGGAGCCCAUGACGCCGCAGGCGGCGGCGGCGCCGGCAGCGCCACCCGCCUUUCCCGAAGUGCGGGUGCGGCCCGGCUCCGCGCUGGCGGCCGCCGUGGCGCCCCAGGAGGCGGCCGAGCCGGUGCGCGACGUGAGCUGGGACGAAAAGGGCAUGACGUGGGAGGUGUACGGCGCCGCCAUGGAGGUGGAGGUCCUGGGCAUGGCCAUCCAGAAGCAUCUGGAGCGACAGAUCGAGGAGCACGGCCGCCAAGGGGCGCCCGCGCCGCCGCCCGCCGCCCGCCCAGGCCCUGGCCGUGCUGGCUCCGUGCGUGCUGCGCCCCCCGAGGGUCCCGCCAAGCGCCCGCCUGGCCUCUUCAGAGCGCUGCUGCAGAGUGUGCGCCGGCCCAGGUGCUGCUCCCGAGCCGGACCCACGGCCGAGUGAUAUGCUCCCCUUUUGUACGCCCGGGUUUCCAACCUUUUCAGGCUCCCUUCUUGACCCCAAGAUCCUAGAAGGGAUCCCCCUCGACGGGCGGGAGGCCCCCCUGAGAGGUGGGCAGCCUCUAGGGCCUUCUCAUCCUCUUCUUUCCAGCCUCUUCCCCUGCCAAACUCACCAAUGAACCCUCUCUACCCGGCCCCCUCAUGGUCAUGGGACCACGAACCCAGCCCUGACACCCCCCUGUCCCCUUCCAGCCCUCAUCGCUCCCUCCCUCCCCGUCACAACUCGGGGAUCUGCUCAGCAGGCCCAGCCCUGAGAGCUGAGGCAGGCUCCUGAGAUGUCCAGACUGGUAGGCUGAAGUCUUCAGUGGCCACCAGGUCCCCAGAACUGGAGAGACUAUGUACAAAAGCUCCAAGUAUGCAAGGAUUGGUGUGUGAGACCCCUGAGUGUGCAAGGCUCCAAAUAUGGGGCCCCUGGAAGAGUGUGUGUGUCCAUGCAGUGGGCUGGCCCCCAUGGCCCGGGCAUGUCUUGCAUGCUGGUAGUCAUCCCCAAAUCCUGUCUCCCCCUCAUCUGGCCCAGUCCCAGCCCUAUCCACCCUCCCUGGACACUGUUCACAAUUCCUGACAGCAGGAAGGCAGCUGCAGGAAUGCCCGGGGGGGCACAGUUGAAAAGAGAGUCUCAGACAGGUCUGGGAAUCACAGUCAGAAGCUCAUGGAAGGUCUUGGGUCCCAGGCAGCCUCGCAGCUGGUCUUGGGUAUUGGGGGCAGGACAGAGAGCUCACUUUAUAACCACAGUCCUCCUUUAAAGGCUGCCCUCUCUCCCUCAUCCCUGUGUGUUGUGAGCCCCACGAGUCCCUUGUGACC